AUGAACGUGAAACUUCGACAACAAUUGGAAACUCUAGAAUUAUAUUAUAAUAAUAAUUAUACCCCAAGACUGGUAGGUUCAUUGUUAUUUUAUUAUCAUAAAUUAAAGUAAAGUUAUACUUUCGAAAUGGAUUUUAUCGAUAUUAUUGCUUCAUUUUUAUUAUUCACAGUUGGAAUAAUUGGGGUAAUAUUGAAUAUUUUGAUAGUUUAUAUUUUCAUUUAUGAAAAAUUCCAUCAAACAUCUUUUAAUCUUAUUUGCACAGCACGGGCUCUAAAUAAUACAAUUGUGUUAACCGGAACUUUUUUAGCCGUAUUUUUUGUGGUAGCUACACUGUGAGUUGGAUAUAAACUAGGAUUUAUUAAACCUCUACAAAUUUCAGCCCCUCUUCCCCAUAUCCAGAGUGGUUUGAAUUUUUUCUGGAUAUCUUUCGGAAUAAACUUAUAUCUUAUAAAUGAAUACACUUCAGUUAUUAUUUCCCUAAACCGUUUCAUUGCUCUUUUCGCUCCAACUUAUUAUGAUAAAUUCUGUGGAAUGAAAAUCACAACGUUUAUUUUAUUUUGUUUGUAUAUUUAUCGUAUUAUAGCAACUGCGAGCGAUUUGAUAAGUUAUAUACGUGAGUUCCAUGAGUAAUCGAAAAUUGAAUGUAUUUUUUUCUUGAUUUUCAGCACUCGAAUGUUAUUUAGUAUUCAGUAAAGAUCAUUUAUCAUAUACUCUUAUUUAUAAUCAGCCUUGUUCAGAUGGCGAAGUGAAUGAUUCAGGAAUAUCAAAUAUUCUUUAUCUGGUUAUAUUUUUCUUCAUACUUGUGGUAAUUAUGAAUACUGCUACAUUCUUAAAAAUAGCUGUUUUACUUUUUGUAAGUGAAAAACCAUUCUAGAGUUUGUUUAUAAAAAUGCAUCAUUUCAGAAUAGUAAAAACAUGGACACACAUUCGAAAACUCGCAUGAAACAGAAUGCUGUUUUAUUUUUACAAACACUUUUUCAAGAUGCUUUAGUGCUUAUUGACAUGAUCUUCACAUUUAAGUUAAGGUAAGUUCAGCAUUAUAUUUCUUGCUUCACAAAAACACAAAUUAUAGUUCGGAAAAUGACACAAAACUCUGGUCGUUUAUAAAUGCAAUUCUAGUUUGGGAAUUGAUUCAUACUUUUGACGGGUGAGAUGAUAAAAAUCACUUUUUUUAAUUUGAAAAAAAUGAAAAUUUCAGAAUAAUAAUGAUUUUAUUCAACGAAAGAAUAUCUGUGAUUAAAAAACGACUAUUUUCAAAAAAUGCCGUAGCUUCUUUGAUGGUCCCUUCAAGAUCAGAUAUUUCACGGAAAUAA